AUGGGGCUCAACAUAGCAAUGAUCUCAGACUUCUUUCACCCCGUGGUAGGGGGCGUAGAAAACCACAUCUACAUGCUCAGUACGAAACUCAUCCACCGGGGUCAUCGUGUUAUAGUGAUAACCCAUAGCCACCCACCCGACCGUGUCGGCGUGCGCUGGCUUCUCCCCGGCCUAAAGGUGUACUAUCUACCAUUCCCGACGAUUGCGUCCUCAGCGACACUACCCAACUAUUUUACCUUCAUGCCCUACUUCCGCUCCAUCAUCCUCCGAGAAGGCGUCCAGCUCAUUCACGGCCACGCGGGACUUUCGUCCCUUGCGCACGAGGCAAUUUUGCACGCCCAUCACAUGGGAGUGCGUACGGUCUUUACAGACCACAGUCUGUUCGGAUUUGACGAUGCCGCAAGCAUCUUAACGAACAAGCUCCUUGAGGCGGCACUACGCAACGUUGACGCCGCCAUAUGCGUAUCUCAUACUGGACGAGAAAACACCGUGCUCAGGUCGCGCAUACACCCAAGCAAAGUAUACGUAAUACCCAACGCACUCCUCGCCGACCAGUUCAGGCCUUCAGAUAUACAACCUCCGCGCGAUACGAUCACUAUUGUUGUGGUCUCCAGGCUGGCAUACAGGAAGGGGGUAGAUCUUUUGGUCGCUACGGCACCUCAAAUCUGUGCCUUGUUCCCUCAUGUUCGCUUCCUUAUUGGUGGAGAUGGUCCCAAGAUGGUUGAUCUUCUUCAGAUGCGGGAGAAAAACAUGUUACAGGACCGCAUCGAGAUACUAGGACCGGUUCUUGUUCAAGGCACCAUCUAUAUGAACACAUCCCUCACGGAGUCUUUCGGGAUUGCAAUCCUAGAAGCGGCAUGUGCCGGGCUGUAUGUCGUCUCCACACGGGUCGGAGGCGUACCAGAGAUCCUGCCAGAAGACAUGAUUUCGUUCGCGAAUCCGGACGAGGAUGACGUAGUUCGUGCCGUAUCAGAAGCUGUUCGCGUGGUUUCUGCGGGUCGACACGAUCCCUUUGGUGCUCAUGAAAGGAUCAAGGAUUUCUACGAUUGGAGCCAGGUCACCCGUCGAACAGAAACGGUAUACGAAGCCGUGAUGGGCAGCCCUCCGUACACAUUCUGGACGCGUAUUCAUAGAACACUCGAUCUCGGGCCUGUGGUCGGUCUUAUCUUCGCUAUCAUGUUUGUCGUCGACUGUCUAUUCUUCAUGGUCUUGGAAUGGUGGAUACCGGAAGAGUCCCUGGACAAAGUCGUAAUGCACUGGAGUCAUGAACAUCUUGAUGAGGUCAUGAGGAAGAGUGAAGAGCAAGCGGUAGCACGUACAACAUGCACGCCUUCCACUGCGGUUGACAACAUCUCACCUGUCAUAUAG